CGGCGAGCGGCGGCGGGGCGGCGCGGGGCGGCGCGGGGCGGAGGGCGCCGGAGGGCGAGCGGGCAGGCGGGCACGGCGGGUUCCGGGCCAGCCCCGGGGGCGGACGGUUGGCCGGGCGCGCGGAGCCUAGCCGGGGCCUUGCCGGAGCCGGGCCGGGCAGCAGGGGCCGCCGCCGCCCGGGCCCGCCGCCCGCGCCCCCCACGCUGGCCCAGAGGGCUGCGGCCGCGUCGCCGCUGAGGAUGUCCCGGAAGGGGCCGCGGGCGGAGGUGUGUGCGGACUGCAGCGCCCCGGACCCCGGCUGGGCCUCCAUCAGCAGGGGCGUGCUGGUGUGCGACGAGUGCUGCAGCGUGCACCGGAGCCUGGGCCGCCACAUCUCUGUCGUCAAGCACCUGCGCCACAGUGCCUGGCCUCCCACACUGCUGCAGAUGGUGCACACGCUCGCCAGCAACGGGGCCAACUCCAUCUGGGAGCACUCUCUGCUGGAUCCCGCGCAAGUGCAGAGCGGCAGGCGCAAAGCCAACCCCCAGGACAAAGUCCACCCCAUCAAGUCAGAGUUCAUCAGGGCCAAGUACCAGAUGCUGGCGUUCGUGCACAAGCUUCCCUGCCGGGACGACGACGGGGUCACUGCCAAAGACCUCAGCAAGCAACUGCACUCGAGUGUGCGGACAGGCAACUUGGAGACGUGUCUGCGCUUGCUGUCCCUGGGUGCCCAGGCCAACUUCUUCCAUCCAGAGAAGGGCACCACACCUCUGCACGUGGCUGCCAAGGCGGGCCAGAUCCUGCAGGCUGAGCUGCUUGUAGUGUAUGGGGCUGAUCCUGGCUCCCCCGAUGUCAAUGGCCGCACACCCAUCGACUAUGCCAGGCAGGCGGGGCACCAUGAGCUGGCGGAAAGGCUAGUCGAGUGCCAGUAUGAGCUCACUGACCGGUUGGCCUUCUAUCUCUGUGGACGCAAGCCGGAUCACAAGAAUGGGCAUUACAUCAUCCCACAGAUGGCUGACAGAUCUCGGCAAAAGUGCAUGUCUCAGAGCCUAGACCUGUCCGAGUUGGCCAAAGCCGCCAAGAAGAAGCUGCAGGCGCUCAGCAACCGGCUUUUUGAGGAACUUGCCAUGGACGUGUACGACGAGGUGGAUAGAAGAGAAAAUGACGCCGUGUGGCUGGCCACCCAGAACCACAGCACCCUGGUGACGGAGCGCAGUGCCGUGCCCUUCCUGCCUGUGAACCCCGAAUACUCGGCCACACGGAAUCAGGGGCGGCAGAAGUUAGCCCGCUUUAAUGCCCGAGAGUUUGCCACCCUGAUCAUAGACAUUCUCAGCGAGGCCAAGAGGAGACAGCAGGGCAAGAGCCUGAGCAGCCCCACAGACAACCUCGAGCUCUCUGCAAGGAGCCAGAGUGACCUCGACGACCAGCACGACUACGACAGUGUGGCCUCGGAUGAGGACACGGACCAGGAACCCCUGCGCAGCGCUGGUGCCACUAGGAACAACCGUGCCCGGAGCAUGGACUCCUCAGACCUCUCUGACGGGGCCGUGACCCUGCAGGAGUAUCUGGAGCUGAAGAAGGCUCUGGCCACCUCCGAGGCAAAGGUGCAACAGCUCAUGAAGGUCAACAGCAGCCUGAGCGAUGAGCUCCGGAGGCUGCAGAGGGAGAUCCACAAGCUGCAGGCAGAGAACUUGCAGAUCCGGCAGCCGCCAGGGCCAGUGCCCACAGCCCCGCUGCCCAGCGAGCGGGCAGAACACACAUCGAUGGGGCCUGGCGGGAGUGCCCACCGCAGGGACCGCCAGGCCUUCUCCAUGUAUGAACCAGGCUCCGCCCUGAAGCCCUUUGGGGGCCCACCUGGGGAUGAGCUCACCACCCGGCUCCAGCCUUUCCACAGCACUGAGCUGGAGGACGACGCCAUCUAUUCAGUACACGUUCCUGCUGGCCUUUACCGGAUCCGGAAGGGGGUGUCGGCCUCCGCCGUGCCCUUCACUCCCUCCUCCCCGCUCCUGUCCUGCUCCCAGGAAGGAAGCCGUCAUACGAGCAAGCUUUCCCGCCACGGCAGCGGUGCCGACAGCGACUAUGAGAACACACAAAGUGGGGACCCACUGCUUGGAAUGGAAGGGAAGAGGUUUCUUGAGCUGGGCAAGGAAGAUGACUUCCACCCAGAGUUGGAAAGCCUGGAUGGAGACCUUGACCCUGGGCUUCCCAGCACAGAGGAUGUCAUCCUAAAGACGGAACAGGUCACCAAGAACAUUCAGGAAUUGUUACGGGCUGCCCAAGAAUUCAAGCACGACAGCUUUGUGCCCUGCUCAGAGAAGAUCCAUUUGGCUGUGACCGAGAUGGCCUCUCUCUUCCCAAAGAGGCCAGCCCUGGAGCCUGUGCGUAGCUCGCUGCGGCUGCUCAAUGCCAGCGCCUACCGGCUGCAGAGCGAAUGCCGGAAGACCGUGCCCCCGGAGCCGGGCGCCCCCGUGGACUUCCAGCUGCUGACUCAGCAGGUGAUCCAGUGCGCCUACGACAUUGCCAAGGCUGCCAAGCAGCUGGUCACCAUCACCACCCGAGAAAAGAAGCAGUGACCACCCUCCCUGCACCCUCACCUGCACCCUGGGACCUCACUGGCCAUGGGAGUUGGGCCACUCCAGACACUAACCCCCACUAACCCCCACCCCAACAGAGCCGCUGGCGCAAGUGCCCUUAGUGCUGCCACUUUCCCCUGGCAGCCAGGCGCCCUGGUGCCCGCCCCCCUCAAGCCCCCAAGGAUGGGGAGGUGGGGUGGCAGGAGCUUCUGUCCCCCACAUUCCAUGUACCUCCCCCUGUACAUAGCAUUCCCCUCUUCCCCCUCCCCCAGCGUGCAGGGGCCUGUAAGGC